AUGAGCAAGCUCAAAGUAUCGAGCUCCGAAUUGGAUUUCGAUCGACCCAACAUCGAGGAUUACCUUCCUUCCGGAUCCAUUCAAGAGUCUCACGCCAAGCUCCGCCUGCGUGAUUUGCUCGAUAUUUCUCCGACUCUAACAGAGGCGGCUGGUGCCGUUGUUGAUGACUCUUUCACAAGAUGCUUCAAGUCUAAUCAUCCAGAGCCAUGGAACUGGAACAUAUACUUGUUUCCUUUGUGGUGCCUGGGAGUUUUUGUCAGAUAUGGGUUCCUCUUCCCACUGAGCUUUUUUGUUGCAUCGUGGACUGGGGUUGUCAAAUACCACGGUCCACAUCCAAGCAUUCGACCGAAGCAGGUUUUUGUGGCUAAUCACACUUCCAUGAUUGAUUUUAUUGUUUUAGAACAAAUGACGGCAUUUGCAGUGAUAAUGCAGAAGCAUCCUGGGUGGGUUGGUCUAUUGCAGAGCACUAUUUUGGAAAGUCUAGGAUGUAUCUGGUUCAAUCGAUCAGAGGCCAAGGAUCGUGAAAUUGUUGCCCGAAAGCUAAGGGAACAUGUCCAUGGGGCUGAUAAUAAUCCUCUCCUUAUAUUUCCUGAAGGAACUUGUGUGAAUAACCACUACACAGUGAUGUUUAAGAAGGGUGCAUUUGAACUUGGCUGCACAGUCUGUCCAAUUGCAAUCAAGUAUAACAAGAUCUUUGUCGAUGCCUUUUGGAACAGCCGAAAGCAGUCCUUUACAACACACUUGUUGCAGCUUAUGACAUCAUGGGCUGUUGUUUGUGAUGUGUGGUACCUGGAGCCUCAGAACCUUAAACCUGGUGAAACACCGAUUGAAUUUGCUGAGAGGGUGAGGGACAUUAUUUCCAUGCGAGCGGGUCUAAGGAAGGUACCAUGGGAUGGGUAUUUGAAGUACUCUCGUCCCAGUCCAAAGCAUCGUGAACGAAAGCAACAAAGCUUUGCAGAAUCAGUCCUCCAUCACCUGGAAGAGAUAUAG